AUGUCCGCCGCCAACAACACACAGCCUAACUUCCCGGGUGCCCAUCUUUCCAGUGACCAAGAAUCGAGCGCUCCGAGGAUCAUGUUGUGUCCGCCAUAUACGGCCUACAGUAUUUUGCUCUUACUCCUUAUGUGCUCUAUGGUGUAUUUCUUUCGACUGGCCUGGCCAUUCUCGUGGCCCUCGGGGACCUCACGGCGAUCGAUUGAUCUGUUGACUGCAACCGCAGAAGAUCUUCAACAGCUCUUGACGGCUGGCGAGCUCACAAGCGUUGAAUUGGUCGACAGAUGCUUCGCUCAGAUUGAUAGGCACGACGAUUGUCUUAAGGCUGUUCUACAGAAGAAUCCACAAGCCAGGACGGUGGCGGCCGCCCUGGACCUCGAACGCAAGAAUGGCCACCUACGUGGGCCCCUUCACGGGAUUCCCAUCCUCAUCAAGGACAAUAUCGCAACCCACCCAAGCCUGGGAAUGAACACGACGGGGGGCAGUCUUGCCUUGCUUACAUCGCGACCGUCAAAGAGCGCUGAGAUUAUAGAAAGAAUUCUUGAAGCAGGGAUGAUUAUCAUAGGGAAAACACAGUUAUCAGAGCUCGCUGGCUUCAAAGGUUCAAAUAUCAUGCCUGGAUGGUCGGCUUUAGGUGGUCAAACGCAAUCUGCAUACACUAUCGGUGAUUCACCCUCUGACUCAUCAACAGGCUCUGCCGUUGGCGUCAGCGCAGGAUAUGCCCCCUUGGCGAUAGGAACGGACACUGGAGGAUCUUUGAUCACACCGAGCACCCGAGCGGCAUUAUAUACUCUCCGACCAACGAUGAACUUGGUCCCACAGGAUGGCUUGAUACCUCUGUCUCAUUUAUUCGAUACUGCAGGGCCGAUGGCAAAAUCGCCUGCUGAUCUGGCAAACCUUUUGGAUGUCUUAGUCACUCCAAAGGGAAGCAGAAAGAGAAAGUUUCAUUCUCAAAUGAUGGCUGAUGACUUUAGAGACUUCAAAAUCGGAUUUCUCUCUCCAGAUAAAUGGUUCUUUGACUCUAAUCUACAGCGCCCAGUGCCAGAAGCCACGGCGCAGAUAAAAAAAGACACUCUGGCUGCUUACGCAAAGAUUGCGCUUACGGCAAAGGCCUUCAAAGAAGUAGAACUUGUAUCCAUCGAUACAUUUGAAGUGAAUGGGCGGCAUAGCUUCUACGACAUUCAAGCGGCUCGGUUUAAACCCACAUUUGAAGCUUACCUUGAAACGCUCGAAUAUUCCCAAGUACGGAGCCUGGAUGAACUCAUAAGGUUCAACCAGAACCAUGCAGAAAAAGCGCUUCCACCAAGCUACGAUAACCAAGACCAGCUCCAGAACGCCGCCACAAUGACAAUGUCCGAUGAAGAGCAUGAUUUUCUUCUAAGACAUGCGCGAAAAGUUGGCCGUGACAUUGGCAUUGACAAGACACUCAAAGAAUAUGACGUAGAUCUAGUCAUUGCGCCAGGAGACUCUCCCGUAAACCUGCUGGUGUCGGCUGCAGGCUACCCUUCCGCAACGAUGCCAUUGUCAUACCUCGAGUACAAUGGCCGGCCCAUUGGUUUGGUUGCAUUUACGACUGCCGGGGGUGAAGAAAUGCUGUUAAACUUCCUGCGUGCGUACGAGAAUACCUUUCCAAAACGGCGCGCUCCCAGUCUCCUCUAA